CACUGUAAAAAUACGCCAUGGCUCCUAAGAAGAAGUGGAAGCGUAUUGACGUUUCGUCUGUGCAAGAGAGUUUGUUUGAGAGCAACAUCGCACAGAAUGUCGCCAAGGGUGGCCUCUCUGAGGCCAUGGUUAUUGAUACCAUUGGUGAGGCACCUUCACGUCGUUUGGCUAAAAAGAUUAAAUCUCAGCGACACGGCGACCCUAUAGCCUCCAGGGGCACUGUCGAGCGCGCGAGGUUACAGAAGCUGGUAUCUAGGUUGAAAUCAGAGCGCGCUCGCAUGGAUAUUGAAGAAAAUGCUCCUCAGGGCAAUGAGAGGGUGAUCGAUGACAUUUGGGGUGAUAAUGCUGAGCCUGCGGCGAUGUUGAGGCCCUCGAUGCCAACUCUUGCUAAGGUUAUUCCCGCUGUGGCAGCACCUCAUUCAGGGCAAAGCUACAACCCAAGCCCUGAGGCUCGCGAGGAGUUGAUUAACAAGGCCUACGAGUCGUUACCCCAAGAGGAGGACUUUUCUGAUGAGCCUUUGACUGACAUGAUUCGUGAAUGUUUACCUAAUGUCGACGUUGACAAUUUAACAUUUCGUCAGAAGCAGGUUUUAGGCAACUUGAUUAUUCAGGACAAGUUGGAUGAAUCCAGUAUAAUGGAGGCUUUGGCGGCUGCUGACCAGGAAGAGGUUAGUGAAGAGGAGAUGGACAACACUGCCACUGCUAAUAAGCGCCGUGUUACUACUAAGAAGACGCGCGCUAAGCGUAACCGUGAGAAGCUUCACAAGGCCUCUAUAGCUCAGGCAUUGAUGAGGAAGCGCAUAAAGCGUUUAGUUCAUGACAUUGACCAUUUUAAGGACACUAAGCAUGAGAAUGACCCUCUGGAAAUUGAGGAGGCCAAGAAAGAACGGUUACGCAAAUAUUUACAGGAUCUGGUCAAGGGUCGAAUCACACCUAAAUUUGGUAAUAAGGUAUAUCGCGUUGACCCACCGGAGGUACCCCUGUCUGAUGAGGUGACUUCAAGUUUACGUCAGUUGGCAUCACCUUCUGAGGCUUCCGUGCGCUGUGUUGUUGACUCUAUAUAUCGCAGGGGUCUUGUACCUGCUCCUCCUGUAAUUGAUGAGCAGUAUCGUUCCAAGGCGCGUAGUAAGCUGUUGCGUCGCACUCGCAAAUUCAAGAGCAAGCUUCUACACGGUACCACUUGAUAUCUUUUACACACAUCGUCUAUAAUGUAG